CCAUCAUAAAGCGAACACAAACUUGAAUGUUUGUCGGUUUGGCUGGAACAGUUCGGGGACGUGUGGUCACGGUUCGAGCUCUGCACCCGUUUAUUAAAAUUAUAUACUGAGUAACAGGGUAUAGCUGUGAUAGAGGCAGGAGUAUGAAAUGGGUUUGAACUACUCCGACCAGGCACAAAUACCACACGCAGAGGAUUUAAUCCGAGAAACCGGCUUCACUCGUGCACACCUUGUUCGUCUGCAUGAGCGUUACCAAUCUCUGGACAAAGACAACAAGGGUCAUCUCAAUGCACAGGACUUUGGAGCCAUUAAGGAGCUGGCCAUGAAUCCUAUAUGUGACAGGAUAAUAGGGGCCUUCUUUUCUUCAGGACAGGAAACACUGGACUUCCCAUCAUUUGUACGCAUCCUGGCACAUUUUCGUCCCAUCGAUAAGAACCGAACCAAAGAACCCAACUCGCCUGACCCCAUUAACAGCAGAAUCAACAAACUGAAAUUUGCAUUUCAGUUGUAUGACCAGGACAAAGAUGGCAAGAUUUCCAGACAAGAGCUCCUGCAGGUUCUGCAGGCUAUGCUGGAGAGUCAGGUAACAAAAGAACAACUGGAAUGCAUAGUUGAUCGCACUAUUCAAGAGGCAGACUUGGACAACGAUAAUGCCAUAUCUUUUGAAGAGUUUCGAAAGUCCCUAGAUAAGGUCGACAUCGAUCACAAGAUGAGCAUCCGUUUCCUACGCUAAAGCAUUACACACUAUCAAGAAGCACUAAGAAUUUAAUGUGGUGUUCAGAGGUUCAGCCCGUGUCCACCACUAAAAUGAAAGUUAUUGCUGGAAUGCAGUUGUUUUCAGCUACUGUCACAGCUGGGAAGAGCAUGUGUAAGUGAAUGGUAUUUCGUGAAAUGGUUUUCAGUCUGUAUGGUAUUCGGCAUUUAGCAGUUUUGAUGUCUGACUGAUUUCAUUUUUGACCGGCUUUAUUAUAACUAUGCAUGAUUUUGUUGGUCUGCGUGCAUCUCACAGGUUAUGUAGGGAAACGUAUUUCGUUUUUUUACAAAAUAUCAGCUGGAAUUAACCAUAAACUGUUUUAAACAACUAGUGCAGUGUAGACAUAAAAGCUGUAACAUUAUAAAACUGGAACAAAAGAUCUUUCUAAGCAUAUCAUGUUGACCCACCCCAAAUAGUUUUUUUGUUAGAGGUUUAAAAGACAUAUACAUUUUGUCAAGCUACCUCCUUAUUUAGUUCAAAAACUACUUUUGAAAUGAGUUUGAAUAGUUUACAGGGGUUCAACUAGUUCAACUGUUAUCACAGUUAUAUACUCUACAGCGCUUUAUACUACAGUCUUAGAAAGCAUGUGUAUACCUGAGUGUAUAUAUACCCUGACAAGCCAUAAUAUUACAACCAUGUCCCUAAUAUGCUGUAGGUCACCCUUUGACCACUGAUGCAUUUUUGACCCGUAGAGGCAUAGACUCCGCACCGUACUGGGAAUAUUUGGCAAGAUCACACUCCGAUCCUUUUGCCUGCCCAUUUUUUCCAAUAUAUUAAUUUUAAGAACUGACUGUUCACUUUCUGAUUGAUGUUUCCCACCCAUCAGUGUUCUUCAUGCCUCCUGUUAGUGGUUUUAAUGUUAUGGCUAAUUGGUGUAGCUAUGAUUUUUUAUUUUAUUUUUUUUUUAUCUUAAAAAGAGAUUGCACAAAGAGCAUUAACUUGUGAAAUCUUCAUAAUACUCUUGCCACUUCAAAUAUAAAACAGGGUGGCUUCUUUUUUUUUUUUUUUAAUAUACAUUUUGUUAACAUUCUUCUUUCUUCCAAGUCUUGUAAAUUUGUAUCUAAUGCCUACCUCACCAAUCCUACUGCUUUAAUGGGGCUUUGUGUAAACAUUAACAAAAGCCUUAGAUAUACACAUGUAUACAUUGUUAGGUUUGAGACACGUCUGUGAUUGCAGCUUUGGAAUUUGUAUUAAUAACUAUUAAACAUUUAAUUACGUUUGUACUUUUCUUCGAAUGGCCUUGUAUUAAUAAACAAUGAAAAGCCA